UUAAAUAACUCAUAGAGAAUCGCGCAUAGGAGAAUGCGGAAGGAAUAGAGAUAGAGAAGUUUCAACUAGCCACGCGGAGCAUCAAUCCCGCGCACACACAGGCACAGGCCAUGGCUGCUCGAGACAAGCCUUGCCUCGUCGGCCCGGUGCCGUUCAAGGACGUGAACGGGGACGACGACCACGUGAUCUCCCCGCCGGAUGAGUACGCGGACAUCGUGUCCACCCUGCCGAGCAUCGGCAGCCCGGACCUGCACCUGCGGCUCUACCAGGACGUCUGGCUGUUCAACGAGCUUGUCCCUGGGUUCAUCUCCAUCCAGCGGCGCUUCACCCCGCGGCCCGGCGACGUGCUCCUCGCAAGCCCCCCCAAAUGCGGCACCACCUGGCUCAAGGCGCUCGCCUUCGCAACCAUGGCGCGGGCCGCCUACCCGCUCUCCGACGCCGGCCACCCGCUCCUUCGGCUCAACCCGCACGAGUGCGUGCCCUUCAUGGAGGCCCUCUUCAGCGCCGGCCAGGAAGCCAAGCUGGACGCGCUGCCGUCGCCUAGGCUCCUGCACACGCACAUGCACCACUCCAUGCUGCCUCGCACCUUCGCCGACAACCCCGACUGCAAGAUCGUCUUCGUCUGCAGGGAGCCCAAGGACAUGCUGGUUUCAACGUGGCACUUCAUCAAAAGCGCAGGUGGCAGCAGCAGCAGCUCAUCGUUCUCCGACCUGUUCGAGCUGGCAUGCGAGGGUAAGAACCCCUAUGGCCCCAUCUGGGGCCACAUUCUUGGCUACUGGAGAGCGAGCAAAGCAACGCCGGAGAGAGUCUUGUUCCUGAGGUACGAAGAGAUGUUGGCCGAUCCGGUCACCGCCGUCCGGGAGCUCGCGUGGUUCCUCGGCCUGCCGUUCACGCCGGCCGAGGAGGCGGCGGGGUUGCCGGUGGACAUCACAGAGAUGUGCAGCAUCGACACCAUGAGAGGCCUGGAUGCCAACAAAACAGGAAGCAGCGGUACGUUCGUCAAGUUCCCCCAUGAAACCUUCUUCAGAAAAGGGAUCGCCGGUGAUUGGGUGAACCAUAUGACCCCCGAGAUGGCCAAGCGCAUCGACGCGAUUGUCGAGGACAAGCUCCAUGGAUCUGGCCUCACCUUCUCGUCUUAACUCGUUAUGAUUAAGUUAAGCCUAGUGGCUCCGUGUGUGUUCAUUGUUUGUAUUCCUUUGAUGCUUUGCUUUAAUUAAGUCAAUAAAAUCCAUCCUUUAUUCAAAAAAAAUGUCUUGGCGAAAAACCUUGUGGCUGCUAGUUCUACUUG